AUGGCGCUCGAGCUCCCCACUGAGCUGCUAGUGGUGGUUGCGACCCACGCCGACGCGCCCACGUUCGUGGCAAUGCAGGCCACCUGCAAGACGUGGCUCGAUGCCGUCCGCGCUGCGGGAGCGCAAGUCACAGACCGGCUGUGGCACGCGUUUGCACUGGCGCGGUUCCCGAGGGCCGCUGCUAUUGUGAAGCAUGCCACAGGCCCGGUCGCUGGCUACACGCUCUACCGCGCGCAGCUCCAGGCUGACAGAGCGGAGUACUUGCCCGUGGCGCCGCUCCCGCCGUGCAAGACGCAGUUCAGCGAUUAUCUGUUUGCGCUGGAGUGUGUGUGGCCGGCAGGAGCCGACGGGGAGCCCCGUGUGGGCCGCUGGAGCGGCGUCAUCGGUGCCCUGGCGUCGACAGAGUGCCCAUUGUGGGAUGAGGGUUCGGCACCCGCCUGGCACCGCGAAUGGGUUGGCUCUGUGCGAUCUUCUUCGUUCCCAGAGCCAGAGCUUCGUGUGCAUGUGACAAACCUGAGGACGCUCCAGUGCAUCCUGCUGUGCGAUGACACGCUACGCACCGACGGCUGCAUGUGGAUUACACUCCCAACCACGGGCGCCAUGCGCCUCAGCGAGGAGUGGGACUCGCAGCACUCCGUUGCGCAGAUCAAUCCAACUUUUGCGGAUGACUCUACCUGGCGCGUGAUCGUGCUCGAAUUUGACACGGGGCAGCGGGCGGAAGACGACGCAUCACUCGCCCCUCAAACCAUGGAGUACGAACGAGCUAUGACGCCAGGGGAGGUGUUGUGCUACCUGGAGCACCACGCCCCGUGGCACUUGAGCGGAGCUUGA